GGGGACCAGUUAUUUGAACGCAACGCUUAUGUGUGUUGUCUGCAGUGGUUCAUGUUUGGUAAUGUCAUGUAUCGUAACUACAAUAAUUUCUGAACAGGUGAACUACCUUUUAGAAGCAGCGGUGGUGACAUAAUAGCAGCAUGCUUCUCCCCUGCGUUCUCCGUGAGCUUUCUCGGUGCUCUACACUGUCGAUGCACUGCAGCCGUGUGCUAAGACUACAACAAAAACUACAGCCCAGCGAGAGGGGUCUGCACACUCAGGCCCAGGAGUUCAUAGCGCGGCGCAUCGGUCUACGAUGGAAGCCGCAGACCAGGGGCAUCAAGAAUAGGAGUAACAAACGCGGGAGCCAGGAGGAUGAGUGGAAGAGCAAGAACAAGACGGUGCUGACGUACAUCGCUGCGGCCGGCGUGGGGAUGAUCGGGAUCUCGUAUGCAUCGGUGCCACUCUACAGACUGUACUGCCAGGCCUCGGGGCUCGGCGGCACGGCCGUGGCGGGCCACGAUGCGGACCAGGUGGCGACGAUGACACCCGUGAAGGACCGCAUCAUCAAGAUCACCUUCAACGCCGAUACGCACGCCAGCAUGCAGUGGAACUUCCGUCCGCAGCAGUCCGAGAUCUACGUAGUCCCAGGAGAGACGGCUCUGGCCUUUUACAGGGCCAGGAACCCUACUGACAAACCCGUCAUCGGCAUCUCCACCUACAACGUAGUGCCCUUCGAUGCCGGACAGUACUUCAACAAAAUCCAGUGUUUCUGCUUCGAGGAGCAGCGGCUAAACCCAAAGGAGGAGGUGGACAUGCCCGUGUUCUUCUACAUCGACCCCGAGUUCGACGAGGACCCACGGAUGGCGCGCGUCGACACCAUCACCCUCUCCUACACCUUCUUCGAGGCCAAGGAGGGCCAGCCUCUGCCCCCCCUGCCCGGGUACAGCUACAAAUGACCUCCCGGCAGACCGCCGGCUCGGUGGAGAGACUCGAACUUUAGGACGUUUGGACAAACUGUCUCAAUGGCAAUUUUUUUCUAUUUGCGAUUGUGUUGAGAUCAAAUCUGUCUAAUUAUAUAUAUAUACAUAUAGGAGAUUACAUGAUUUUGCAUUCUUCAAUCAUCCAACGGAAUCCCUGCCUGAUUUAAUGUAUUUAUUUUCCAAAAGUGUCAAUUGUAGGGAGAGAUGGUGGAAACUACAUGGAUACUUUGUUUUAUGCUGUGUCCUGACACAAAAUGUAAAGGGACGACUGGGGUCAUGCCACGAUGAUGGAAGUUGUGUGUUAACAGCUGUAAAAUGAGUAUGAAUGAUUGCCCUAUGUUUAGGAUAACAUUGUUUUAAAUGUGUAGUACCCUGAUCAACCAGCAGAGGACACACAGGUGAAAGUAUUGCAUAAUGCAGUACCUUGCCUGUGUUAUUGUAGCAGUCGCGUCUCUAUUUAGGCUAAACGGAAGAUAUAUCUUCGAUUUAUUUGACUCCUAGCAAAAAAAAUAUUGAAAAACACAAACAUCCUUGGUCAAUGGAAUUGGGCGAGAAUUGAUGACAAUUACUAUGCUAUAUAAUGACAUUUGAACCCUGGGGAGAAUAAUAAAGCAUCGGUUUCUCAAUA